CAGUAGAAGUUUAGCCAUGAUUGUCGCACCAGUGUUGUUCUUGUUUCUUGUUCAAUGUGGCGCUCUGGACCCUAAUGAGGCUAUGGAUGAAGCUCUGGCUAUCGUUGCAAAGAAUACUGCCAAAAAAACAGCUGUAGAAGAUAUUAUAAUCCAGAGGAAGAAUGUUGGCUGGGUUUUCUUCCCUGUUGAUCUAAAACUGACUGGCAACACUCUGGAGGACGCCACUUCUAUCACUCGAGUCAGCGACGUUGUACUCGUGAAGCUGAGACACCAGGGUAGGUUAGAGGUUCAGCUGUCUCUGAAGAGCAUGAGAGUGAACUACGGGAACUUCGACCUGAAGAUACCGCUAAUGCAUCUCUCAGGAUCCGCGGACCUCGAGCUCCAGGAGAACUCCUUCGGGCUGACUGUGUACUUCCAGGAAGACUGCGACAAGUCGAAGGUAUACCUCUGGCCUCCUCACGGCCAGGCCUACGCUACCAUCCGAUCAAAAUGGUGGUUCUCCAAACCGGCCCAGUGGAUUUUCGACUUCAUCAACCACCACGUCUCCGGUGACGUCAUGAAUAGCGAUCUUCUCCUGGAACCGUUGAACAACGCCCUCGCUGCUCCUCUCACUAGUGCCAUCAAAAAAAUAUUUUGUCCGGUAGUUUAUAAAUAAAUUUAUAUCUUUCACUUGUAUAUAUAUAUAUAAUAACCUGUCUCAUAUUUUGGUCUGAUGUCCACUUAUAUUUUCUUUUGUCUUAUCAGAGAUACAUUUUAAGGUUUUUAUGUACAAUCGUUUGUUC